AUAUUUAUGUACUGCAUAUGUACACUGCAUAUAUACUGAACUACCUACAGAACAUGUAUAGCUUAGACUGAUAUUUCUUAUGGAUAUAUGCUCGUCAGCAGUGGAUGUUCUACACAAAUCCAAUAAUUGACAGAGUUUCAGGAUAGAGCCGACUGAAUGAGAUCUCAUCUGGGCAGUUUUGGAAACGCGCUGGUAUUUUGGUAAAACUGUACACAGAAAAUGGCAACAGCGUUGGAAGAAGAGGUUCGGCAGCAUCACCUGGGCGUGACAUUUUUCUACCUUGCUGUCACAACUUUGCUGGGACAUCUUUUACGAGGCGUCACCAGGAGAUACAUUCCUGCUCCUUACCGCUCCGUAUUAUUAGACUGCAUUUCCACGCUACAGCUCUGUUCCUGUACAUGGGAAAAUGGCUUCACUUUUAGAACACAUGGAUUUUAUGCACUGUUGUUCCAGAUCUUUUGUCUGGUGAACUUGUAUAAGUAUUUUUUCUACGAUUCUUCACCAAAUCCCAUUGCCAACCUGGCCAAGUAUUUCCAGGGAGAGCGCCCUCUAGCAGUUGUUUUGGUUACCAUGACACUUCAGAUGCUGGCAGGACAGCUGUCUUUCUACUAUGCCCAGUGUAUGUGGUGGUUAGAGCUCUCUCCUGCCUAUACUAUACGUCGUGCAGACCUGGCUAUACCUUGUGUCUCAGACCUCACGGUGACAGUUUUCCAAGGGAUGCUUCUAGAAGGUGGUGGCUGCUUUAUUGACCGUGUGUUUGGGUUGAAGCAGUGGACAAGGCGAGAGAGAGGCGAGCAGGUGCUGCAGGCAUUACUUGGAACUUUACUGACAGGAGCAGGGUUGACACUGACAGGGAUGUAUAUUAACCCUGCCAAUGCCUCAUCUCAGGGUUUUGGCUGUGCUGGGAGCUCUUUGAUUGGGCACAUCUUGGUCUACUGGAUAGCGCCAUCUAUAGGAUGUUAUUUAUCUGUGCAGAUCAAGAAAAGAUACUUCCACAAUGAAAUUGUUCAUUUUGUCCAUGGUUCCUGUGAAAAUACGAAGGAAGACAGAAAGUCUGUUUAUGAAAAUGGUGUGUCACACAAAAAGAGUGAUUAGGGUUAUAAAAAUAUGCAUUUGAACGAUUGUUUAUAUUUGCAAUUUUUAUGGAAUUUCUGAC